AUGUUAAGCACAAAUUUAUCGCUUAAUUUUGUUUUAUUGGCGUCAAUAAAUCGUUAUUAUUUAAGUUCACGAAACGAAAAGAGACGAAAAUAUGGUCAAAUAUAUUUACAAUAUCGUUUAAUUCUAUUCACUACCGUUGUAUGGGCACUAUUGUCUUUACAUCAUUACUUUAAUUCUAAUGUAGAUAUGAUUAACCAACGCUCAACGUGUCUUGUUAAAUAUUCAAAAUAUUUCAUUAUAUUAUCGAUUAUAUAUACACUAAUUAUGCCGAUGUUAAUGAUCAUUUUUGGCCUCUUAACAUUAUUCAAUGUACGAAAUAUUACAAAAAACAGAAAUCCAUUACAAAAACAUUGUUUAAAUCAACGUAUUCAAUAUCAGUUGACAUGGAUGAUUCUAUUAGAAAUACUAUUAACUGUUCUAGGUUGUUUACCCUAUUCAUUGUAUACUUUUUAUAUAUUACUAACACGAAAUCGAUCAAAAACAAUCGAACAAAUAACGUUUGAAAAUUUAAUUGAUCAAAUAUCACGUAUGUUUGGCUGCAUUGAAUGUAGUUUUGGAUUUUAUAUCUAUUUAUUUUCACUGAAUACACUACGCAGACGGUUUAUUGACAUAUUAAAAAACAAUUUAACAUGUUUCUACUUUCACUCACGGUCAGCGAACGCUAAUCAUGCUGUGAUCAGACUUGUUGAAAAAACAAAAGAGUUCAAGCAAAAAGGUAUGAAGACUAUUCUUCUGGAUAUAUCUUGAAGAGAACAAAACGUAAAUGAACCACUACAAGUUGCCUGCUUGCUAAAAAAUGAGAAGAAAAUGAAUGAAUUCUCUUUAGUUGGACAUGAAACCAAUUUGACGUGUUCCGAUUUUUACUCAUCGUCAUCAAAACAUCGAACACUAAUUAUGUCCAUUUUGCCACAAAAUAGUAGUAUAUAUUCCAGCGAGAAACAUGGAAAAUACUAAAAUUUGUUCACGCAUUUAGCUUUUUACACACUGAGACUGAUCGUCUAGAAAAAGUAUACCCUUUUCUAUGUCGCAUAAAUCUCUAGGAACACACUUUGUUUUUUACACUGUAAUUCCACUUUAUUUACUAAUCAUUUGUAAAACAAAAAUAUGAUGCAAGCAGAUAAAUAAGGCUCCUCAAUUGGAAGAAAAUGAAAUACUACAAUCAUCUAUCCCUAUUAAAAGAU